AUGAUAGAAACUGACGAAGAUGAGCGUGAAGCCAAGAGAAUUACUCAUGUUGUUCAGGAAGACUUGGAGAGGGCUGUCGCUUCUUUGAGCGUCAGGGAAAAAGGAGAGUUUGUCAUUCUGACACCUGCAAAGGCUGUUGCCUUGGUGCCCGCAAAGACUCUCGCCAAGCCCAAGUUCGUUAUAGAAACGGCCGUGGCGCAGGGCAUGACUAGAUCUGGAAGAUGUUACACUCCUGAUGAGCUUGCUCUCGGAGGACAAAAGAAAGAUCAUGCCAAGAGACCGAUCAGCGAAGCAGAAGCUGAGGAGUUCUGGAGGAGAAUGCAACCCAAAGACUACUCCAUCAUCAAGCACUUGGAGAAAACUCCAGCCCAAAUUUCAGUGUGUGCCCUGCUGAUGAGCUCCUGGUCCCACAGACAGGCUUUGAUGAAAGCCCUGGAUGACACAUAUGUGCCCUCGGGUACGAGCAGCGACAAUGUAGCUGCUAUGAUUCACCGAGUCAUUCAGGGACACCGUAUCAGUUUCUGCGACGAUGAACUGUCGGCCGAAGGGAGAGCCCACAACAAAGCUCUACACAUCACCGUGAUAUGUCACGGAAAGGUCAUCAACCGUGUUCUGGUAGACGACGGAUCUGGUUUGAACAUAUGCCCCCUGUCCACAUUGAAGCAGCUGAGGUUUGACCUCAGAAAGUUGGAGCAAAACCAGGUCAAUGUGAGAGCAUUCGACGGUGUGCAGAGAGACACGUUGGGAGCUGUGAACCUGACCAUCCAAAUAGGCCCCGCAGAGUUCGAGGCAAAGUUCCAGGUGUUGGACAUCGACACCAGCUAUAACCUUCUUUUGGGAAGGCCAUUCAUCCACGCGGCUGGGGCCGUCCCCUCCACUCUCCACCAAAUGAUAAAACUGGUGUGGAAAAAUGAAGAACUAGUGAUUCAUGGUGAAAAGGGUCAAUCGGGAAGGCAAGUGCCGGUCUCGGACGAGACACCGCAAGGUUCGGACUUCUACACGGUAGAGUUGAUAAAUUCCACUCCUAUGACGGCCGUGUACAAAAUGAUCGCCACGGUAAUGCUGCAGAGCGGAUUCGAACCAGGUUUCGGAUUAGGAAGGAAUGCGCAAGGGAUCAUCGAGCCAGUUCUGGUCUUUGCUACAGGAUCAAGGUAUGUCCGGGAGUGUGCCGAGCCUGAAGACGAUGGGGAAGGGAUCUGUGACCUUUUCCAGGAGAUCAAUGCCAUCAUCGAGGAGGAGGCUGAGCCAGCUGGCAUUCGUGACGCUGAACCAGGGGAGAUGCUGCUGAAUUGGACAUCCACGCCAAUCCUGAUGUCCCGAACUCUGUGUAACGUAAGUUACAAACCUGCUAAUGUCAUGUUAUGUCAUGGGUUAAAUGAGCAAAACGAGGAAAAUGACGACGACGUCGAUGACCACGACGAGGAAAAUGGGGAACCGGACUAUGUGGCCGAAGAAUUCCGACAUUUCGAGAACCAACAUAAACCGAACCUGGAGGAAACAGAGACGGUGAAUUUGGGUGAUUCAGAAUAUGCCAAAGAGGUUAAGAUCAGCAUUCAUUUGAGUGACACUCAGAAGGAGAGCCUGGUUCGCCUGCUUGCUGAAUACCAUGAUGUGUUCGUUUGGGAAGUCGGUGACAUGCAGGGGUUGAGUACUGAUGUCGUGUCUCAUAAGCUGCCUAUCAAUCCAGGGUUCGAACCGGUGAAGCAAAAGACUCGAAAGUUCAAGCCUGAAUUGAGUCUGAAGAUUAAAGAGGAAAUCACCAAGCAGAUAGAGUCCCGAUUGGUAGAAGUGACACAAUAUCCCACCUGGUUGGCGAAUGUCGUUCCGGUCGCCAAGAAAGAUGGAAAAAUCAGGAUUUGUGUUGAUUACAGAGAUCUCAACAAGGCUAGUCCAAAGGAUAAUUUCCCGUUGCCAAAUAUCCAUAUUCUGAUUGACAACUGUGCCAAACAUGAGAUGCAGUCAUUUGUGGAUUGCUACGCGGGUUAUCACCAGAUUCUGAUGGAUGAAGAAGACGCGGAGAAAACGGCCUUCAUCACACCUUGGGGGGUAUAUCACUACAGGGUGAUGCCGUUUGGGCUCAAGAACGCCGGUGCUACUUACAUGAGAGCCAUGACGACCAUCUUUCACGACAUGAUUCACAAGGAAAUUGAAGUGUACGUGGACAACGUCAUAAUCAAAUCCCGCGAGAGUUCGGAUUAUUUGACACACCUGAGGAAAUUCUUUGAACGUUUGCGUCGGUACAACCUAAAGCUAAAUCCCGCCAAAUGUGCUUUUGGAGUCCCAGUUGGGAAGUUGUUGGGGUUUAUAGUCAGCAGAAGAGAUAACGCCUUUGGAUGUGUACUUGGUCAACACGACGAGACAGGGAAAAAGGAAAGGGCUAUCUACUACAUCAGUAAGAAAUUUACUCGUACGAGUCUCGCUACACUUUACUGGAGAGAACAUGCUGUGCUCUGA